AGUAUGUUACGCGCUCGUUUUACUUAUUACUCUAUGGUUUAGUCCACUAAUGGCGUGUCUUCCGGUAACACGCGUUAUAAAGUCAAAAUGGCAAAGAAAAAAGCUGACGAAAAAGUGAAUCAAGCACCCCAAAGUGAUAAUGAAGACCAAAACUUCGAUGAGGAGCCAGAUUUUGACGAUCCGGAAGGUUUUGUCGACGACAUUCCUGACGAAGAAUUGUUGGCCGACCUCUUAGAGCAGAAACCGAAAGAAUCUGAUGGUUACGAGAACGUAAUCGUGGUAGACGGAUGUCCGCAAGUCGGGCCCGAGCGGCUAGAGAAGCUGCAAAGUGUCAUAAACAAGAUCUUUAGCAAAUUUGGGAAGAUCGUCAAUGAAUUUUAUCCCACUACCGAAACUGGAGUCACCACGGGCUACAUUUUCCUGGAAUACAGUAACCCCCAGAACGCAGCCGAAGCAGUGAAAGCCACAAAUAAUUGUAAAUUAGAUAAGCAACAUACAUUUUUAGUGAAUUUAUUCACAGAUUUCAAGAAGUAUUCAGAUAUUCCUAAGGAAUGGGAACCACCAGCACCUCAACCAUUCAAGGUUCAGUCAGAUUUACAAUGGUAUUUGAUGGAUCCUGAUGCAUACGACCAGUUCCUUGUUGGUAUUGGUACUGGUACUGCUUUACAAGUAUGGCAGAAUGCAUUGCCAGAACCUACUUUGUUGCAAGAAAGACCAAAUUGGACAGAAACUUAUGCUGUGUGGUCACCACUAGGGACAUAUCUGGCCACCUUCCAUUGGCGGGGUGUCGCUCUAUGGGCAGGGCCAAAGUUCUCACAGUUCCAAAAGUUCUUUCAUCCCGAAGCUAGGUUCAUCUCCUUCUCACCAUGUGAAAAUUAUAUAGUUACGUUUUCACCCAGUGGUGACAGAGGGGAUGAAAAGAAGUUAAUUAUUUGGGACAUUAGAACAGGACAAGAGAAACGAAGCUUCCCACCGCCAGAUGAGUAUGUCACUUGGCCGAUAUUCCGUUGGAGUAAAGAUGACAGAUUCUUUGCACGUCUUGGUGCUGAUGUUCUCUCCGUAUAUGAGACACCAGGUUUUGGUCUCUUAGACAAGAAAUCCAUCAAGAUACCUGGAAUUAGAGACUUCAGUUGGUCCCCAACAGACAACAUAUUAGCUUACUGGGUAGCUGAAGAUAAAGAUGUACCUGCACGAGUAACACUCCUCGAACUGCCAAACCGCACUGAAAUCCGAUCUAAAAACUUGUUCUCCGUCGCUGACUGCAAGAUCCACUGGCAGAAGAGCGGCGACUAUCUAUGCGUUAAAGUUGACCGUUACUCAAAAGUGAAAAAAGACAAAAACGACAUCAAAUACUCAGGGAUGUACUAUAAUUUUGAGAUUUUCCACAUGAGAGAGAAAGAAAUACCUGUGGACUCUGUAGAAAUUAAAGAACCAAUUCAGGCAUUUGCUUGGGAGCCGGUCGGUUCGAAGUUCGCAAUAAUUCAUGGUGAUCCUGCGAAUAUUUGUAUUAGUUUCUAUCAAGUGAAUACGGGUCAGGCUCCGACGUUGUUGAAGAAAUUUGAGAGGAAACCGUUCAACCAUUUGUUCUGGUCACCUUCUGGUCAGUUCAUUGUGUUGGCUCAUCUUGGUCUCACUGGAGGUGCUCUGGAGUUCUUGGACACUAAUGACUUUACAAUAAUGAAUGUAGCUAAUCAUUAUCAGAUGUCUGUCAUUGAUUGGGAUCCAACUGGUCGCUAUGUCGUAACUGGUGUGUCCUCCCUUAAAUGCAAGAUGGACUGUGGCUACUACAUUUGGUCGUUCCAGGGCAAGAUAAUUAGAAGGGUGAUGAAAGAAGGUUUCGCUCAGUAUCACUGGCGGCCGCGUCCUCCCACGCUGCUGUCGGAGAAACAACAGAAGGAGAUCAAGAAGAACCUCAAGAAGUAUUACUCUCAAUUCGAAUCUAAGGAUCGUAUGCGCAGCAGCAAGGCCAGCAAGGAAUUGGUUGCUAAGCGUACGGAGCAGAUGAAGAAAUACGUGGAGUACCGCGAGUCGAAGGUGCAAGAGUGGAACGAGCAGAAGCCGCGUCGGCUCGAACUCAGAAACUAUGUGGAUACGGACGGUCUUGAUACAGACCAGGCGAAUUCGGUGGAGGAAGUUGUUGAAUUUUUCGUGAAAGAGGAACAGACUGUCAUCGAGUAGUCGCCAUUCUACCGUCACGUUAUAGGUCGGGGUUAACUCCGACCUUCUUUGAACCGGUUCGAACCGGUAUUGACAGAUUCACAUAAAACAUCAUUUUUUAAUAAACGGACAGGAAUUUAAUACAGCUUUUUUUGUACCUUAAUCCCAUUUUAAUAUAAAUAAAACGUUUCACAAAACGAUUCCAUUAUGUAUCGCAGUGUAAGAUUCCGGUUUAUAUAUUAUACAAAAGGUAAUGUUAAUAGAAAUCAUAUUAAAUUGAUAUGUUACAAACUUA